GAGCAAACAAAUUUCCUGAAGAGUGCCAUUUUUUAUCAGGGUGGGUUACCAACGAGCAACAACGGACGGGCAGAGGAGCCAGGGGGGUGCUUCUCGCUCCGUGGGAGGAAGUGGAAAGGUCCUAAUAGUAAUGCCUUACAGGGACGAUUUACGUUCCCUGUCCAGUAGCAAAAGGCGAUGGAUACCUCCUUCUAGCUUGAGACGAGAUGCACAUACCCCAGACAACAAAUAUGACCUUACUUUCAGAAAGGUUCGAGGAAUACUCAACAAACUCACUCCAGAGAAGUUCCAUAAGCUAAGUAAUGACAUCCUAAAUGUAGGGCUAGAUUCCACCACACUUCUCAAAGGGGUCAUUUUACUGAUCUUCGAGAAGGCCCUUGAUGAACCCAAGUAUUGUUCUAUGUACGCACAGCUGUGCAAACGGCUGUCAGAAGAGGCUCCAAACUUUGAUCCACCAGACGGACCUUGUACUUUUAACCGCCUACUUUUAAGCAAGUGCCAGGAUGAAUUUGAGCGGCGGCGACGCGCCUCGGAGAUAUGGGAUGGGUCGGAGGGAUCCGCCCUCUCAGCAGAACAAGAGGAGGAGCGAGCAGCAGCGAAAAGGAAAAUGGUGGGCAACCUCCGCUUCAUUGGCGAACUGGGGAAGCUGGAGAUUAUUCAUGAGUCCAUUCUCCACCGUUGUAUCCAGCAGCUGUUGGAGAAGCGUAGGAGUAGACCAAUGGUUGACUUGGCUGAGGAUCUGGAGUGUUUGUGCCAGAUAAUGAAAACUUGUGGAAAGGUGCUGGACAAGCCCAAAGCUAAGAACUUAAUGGACCAGUACUUCGAGCGCAUGUACCAGUUGAGCAGUAACAUGGAGCUUCUAUCAAGAGUUCGCUUUAUGCUGCAAGACGUGCUGGAUUUGCGCGCUGCCAACUGGGUGCCUCGCAAGGUAGCCCAGGUGGAUGGCCCACGCACCAUUCGCCAGGUGCGUGAAGAGGCAGCACAUGACUUGGGUGUCUACAUCCCGCCACCGUCUUCCCAUGGACCACCACGCUCCUCCGGACCAAUCUCUCCUUUGGCUGGAGUCUCGUCCUUUUUCCCUCAGCCUGGAGGUAAUCGUACGGGAAUGGAAGACGUAUUUAUGGGUGCAGUAACUCUUGGCACGGGCCCAGGGGUGAUUUCAUCUCAACCGGACAAGUAUGGAUACGACUCAAAUGGAUUUGGGGGUGGAGUUAGUGGUGGAGGGAGUUACAGGCCACGACAACAGCAAGGGGGUUUCAUCCAGCACAACUCUUACCAGAACAAGCACUUCAACAACCAGAACUACAACCGACAGCAGCAGAACAACCAGUAUAACCAACAACAGAAUUACAGCAACAUUGCCAACAAGGACUUGCCCCCACGCUUCAAGAAGAUGUUCAGCCACAGCAGUGGAGGAGGAUCUAGUUCUUCUGAUGGGGAAGUGUCCCUUCGCCCUUCCGCCUCCAGCAUGCUGCUCAAACCCAAGACCCCGGGCGUUCUGCCACAGAGUGCCCUUGGUCAGCAAGGGAAUGACCAUCAUAUCCAUAGCAGCCUUCCUUUAGCACCACAGCCUCAGCCUCCCAACCAGAAGCCAACGCCACCUCUUAUGCACAAGGAUCCCCCGAUUCUUAUUAAGCAGGCAUCUAUGGAGAAGUCUAAAGCUAAUAGGAACAGGGGUCCAAGUCGUGAGGAGUGGCUGCGGCGAGUGAAGAACUUGUCAGAGCAGAUGUUGAAAGAACAGAGUUUGGAUGAGACUGUGGAAAACUAUCGUUCUCUCAAGUUGCCUGAACGUCUUACUGCAGAGGCAGCACAAGUUAUCAUCAACUUACUGUUAACACAAGAAGAGAGCAAUAGGGAGCUGGGCAGUCAACUUUUGGAAAAACUUCGCAGUGAAGGACUUAUGAAUGUUGACCGUCUAUUUGAUGGCGUCAAGCAAGUGCUAGGUCAACUGGACGAACUAGUAAAUGAUGUACCAAGAGUGAAGUCUCACAUGGCUGGAAUUCUGGGUCACUUGAUUGCCUCAGGCACCUUACCCUUGGCAGAUGUUGCAGAACCUCUCGAGGGUGGGCAGCACUUCCCACUUUUCCUGCUCGUUCUUCAGACUCUGCACAAACUUUUGGGAAAAUCUAAUCUCACACAAACCUUUAAUGAGAGCAAGGUUAAUCUCUUGAACCUGCUGCCAGAAUCUGAUCGUACCAAGGAAAAGCUAGCUGACCUUCUGGAAGACCGUGAACUCUCCUUCCUUUUCCCAUUGUUGCGAAUUCAGUCGGAUCUUUGGCGAGCUCUUGUUGCUGACCCAACCCCACACGCAUUCUACAAGUACAUCAAGGACACUUUAGAUCCAGAACACCACACUGCACCUGGAUUCAUUAAUGCCUUAAUGACUGUCCUUGUGAAAUACAUUGUGCAGGAAACUACUCUGGCUGCUGGUGCUGACCCAACUACCAUCCCUGAAAAGAUGGUCACCGAGCGUGAACAGGAACUCUUGGCAAAAUUUAAGCCAGUGUUGCAGGCUUUCCUUCAUGACCAUUUACCACUGCAGGUUACUGCUAUUUAUGCCUUGCAGGUCUUCACAUACACAAACAACUUCCCAAAAGGUAUGCUGUUGCGUUGGUUUGUGAACCUGUAUGACCUUGAGAUAGUAGAAGAGGAUGCCUUCCUGACCUGGAAAGAGGAUCUGAGCCAAGAUUAUCCAGGCAAGGGCAAAGCCCUCUUCCAAGUUAAUCAGUGGCUUACCUGGCUACAGGAGACAGAAGAGGAUGAUGAGGAAGAUGAAGGAGAUGCUUAACAAAGGAGAUUUUAAGAUAUGAACAAAGGAGACGUUAGUGAAGUUCAGAAGAGAUGUGCAACGAGAGAUAGACAGACUAAUGGAUUAGAUAGACACAGGAUAAUCCCAGUAUUUGCAAAUGAUAAGCCAAGAAUUGAUAUUUGCGAGUCCUUGCUCUGAGGAGACUGUCCAGUUUCUGAUGCUUCAUGAGUAUUUAAAUCAUUAUCUCCAGUUACUACUGCUGCGUGUGCCUGUAGAGGCAGAGACGGCCAGAACUCCUGGGAACAAGGCUUUAAUAGUGCUGUGGAGAGGUAAUGUUUGGCAAGAUGAAGUUGGUUUUUGAAAGAGAAGAACAAUAGGAAAAAUGAGCUUAAGCCAAUUAUGGCACAUAAUUGCAAUAUUGGCUGACACCAAAGUGUUCUCAACACAACCAUUUUUUAUGCGGAAUAAAAAAAAAGUAAUGUGAAAAAAACGCUUAUAAAAAAAGAAAAGGAAAAAGAUCGUAUAAAACGGAAAUGCCUUAGUGUUGUAUGAACUUUCCUUAUAAUAUCUUAUUAUAAUCCCCUGUUUUUUGCUUCUCAGACUUGAGCUGUGUCAACACUAGGUGUUAAUGGUAACAUAUUAGCCAGCACUUGAAUAUUUAACUCUGAUUUUAACCCCUUUUGUGACCGUGUUAUUUUAGGUACUUGAGAGCUUUAUUUUCUUUUUCUUUUUCAUAUUUUUUACCUUUGCCUUGUUAUAGAUUUAUUAGAUCAAUUUAAACUGGAUGGAUGGAGGUGACAUCUCUUAUUUAUGAGAAUGCAGUGCAAGUUGGUUGAUUCUUUUUGUACUCAACACUAAGUACGAGUGUUUGUGUGUAUGGGCAGUUUUUUAUCAAGAGUUUUUCCAAUUAGGAGUGUUCUUUUGGUUUCAUAUUGGGUCUUCAACCUAUUUCUAGGGACAAAUCCAAAUUGUGCAGUUUUAUUAACAAUCCCACCUUUAGGGAUAAACAUGUUUUCAACACUUUAGGCAUAGAUUGACUUGAGUAAAUCAUUCCAUAAUGAGUAGCCAUGGAGUUUGGAUGUCCUUUUUCACUACUUCGCUGUCAUUGUAUGCGGCUAUAGCACAUUUGUCGCACUGACCAAUAAACAUCACUCAAAUA